GCUGUAUACGCGUCUUUUUCGAAUAUACCAGUUCUACUUUGUAUUGCCCCGUUUACUGGUCUAAUUCAGUUGGCAUCAACGCGAAAUGUACACUUUUGAAUCCCCAAUCUUUUAUUAAUUUUUUACUUAUUCUUCUCUCUCAUCAUAUUCUUCUUGUUCGAGUUGUGGGCAUGGUCAACUGGGUUUACGAGUGCACCGAUUGGGACUUCAACUUCUUUUCUGGUUCAACUUGGUCUGUGAUUGAUCUCUUUUUUUGGUGAAAAAAAAAUUUGUGGGUUCUGCCAUAGUAUUGAUGAAAAAUGGUUGAGUUUUGGAAGUGGCGUAAGCAUCAUGCUCUCGUGCUGAUGCUGGUAAUGUUUUUGCUGUGUCAAAAUUUUAGCUUUUGUUGGUCUCUCAAUGAUGAAGGUUUGGCUUUGCUGAGAUUUAGAGAAAGAGUGGUUAGUGAUCCUUUUGGGGCUUUGACUAAUUGGAAUGAUGAUGUCGGAGUGGUGAAUCCAUGUUCUUGGCAUGGAAUUGAAUGCUCUGAUGGAAAUGUUGUGUCACUGAACUUGAAAGAUCUUUGUCUUGAAGGUACUAUAGCUCCUGAUCUCGGGAACCUAAUUCACAUAAAGUCUAUAAUUUUACGCAAUAACUCCUUUUUCGGUAUCAUACCUGGAGAUAUUGCAAAGCUGAAAGAACUGGAAGUUUUGGAUUUGGGAUAUAAUAAUUUCAGUGGACCACUUCCAUCUGAUCUUGGCAACAAUCUGUCUCUAGCAAUCCUUUUGCUGGACAACAACGAACUUGUCGGCUGCUUAUCUCCUGAAAUUUAUGAGCUUAGAACGCUGUCUGAAGUUCAAGUUGAUGAAAACCAGCUAAAUAAUGCUAGGAAGACGUCAUCUUGGAAAGGAGAAGUGUUGUUCCACUACUUUUGUUUUUGUAGGAACAUUCCUGAGUUUAAAGAUGUAACCCAGCGGAAAUUGCUUAAUACAUUUCCUGACAGGGCUGAAAAUGUACGAGUAUUUUUCCCGCCACCCCCCAAAGAUUUACCGUCAGGGAUACCAGGAUCGCCCUCUCCAUCACCAUCACCAUCACCAUCACCAUCACCAUCACCAUCAUCUUCUUCCCCAUCUCCUGCACCAACAUUUUCCUCUGCAGGCCUUUCCCCUUCCCCUGUGGCUUCUGCUUCUCAGCCUUCAGUUCCUACCUUAGCAAAGAGCCCCAUUGCCCCAGUCAAAAAAUCCCGAUCAAGUCACCAUCAUGUCUUGAUAUUGUCUUCAACUAUAGGAGGUUCUCUGCUGCUUUUGCUUUUGGUCACUGGCAUAUUUAUCUGUCGAAGCAGUAAGGUUGCAGUUGUCAAGCCUUGGGCAACAGGAUUGAGUGGACAGCUGCAGAAAGCAUUCGUAACUGGUGUGCCAAAGCUCAAGAGAUCAGAGCUUGAAACUGCUUGUGAAGAUUUCAGCAAUGUGAUAGGAUCGUCAUCAGCUGGUACUUUAUACAAGGGUACCUUGUCCAGUGGGGUUGAAAUUGCUGUAAUAUCCAUUUCGGUGAUAUCUGCCAAGGAUUGGUCAAAAAAUAUGGAAGUGCAGUUCAGGAAGAAGAUUGAGACAUUAUCAAAAGUGAAUCACAAAAAUUUUGUCAAUCUCCUUGGAUACUGUGAGGAAGAAGAGCCUUUCACGAGGAUGAUGGUAUUUGAGUACGCUCCUAAUGGCACACUCUUUGAGCAUCUACACAUAAAAGAAGCUGAACACCUGGAUUGGACAAUGAGAAUGAGAAUUGUGAUGGGCAUGGCAUACUGCCUUCAGCACAUGCACCAAUUGACGCCACCAGUAUACCACAAGAACCUAAAUUCGUCGGCAGUAUAUGUGACUGAAGAUUAUGCAGCCAAAAUAUCAGAUUUUGGCUUUUGGAAUGAAGUGGCUGCAGCUGAGAUGGAGUCAAAUCCAGAGAGCAACAUCUACAGCUUUGGUGUUUUACUCUUUGAGAUUGUAACAGGGCGGCUUCCUUAUUCAGUGGACAGAAGCACUCAUGGAGAUUGGGCAUCUGACUAUCUGGGAGGAGAACAACCCCUCAGGAAUAUGGUAGAUCCCACUUUAAGUUCUUUUCAAGAAGAGCAGCUUGAAAGAAUUUGCACAAUUAUGAAAUCAUGUGUUAAUCCUGACCCCAGACGAAGACCAGAAAUGAGAGAAGUAGCAGCAAUAUUACGUGAGGUAACAGGGAUUGGGCCUGAUGCAGCAAUUCCAAAAUUGUCACCGCUUUGGUGGGCAGAACUUGAGAUUCUUUCUACGGAGGCUAAUUAGUUCUUGAAAUCAUAUUCUUCUAUGAACCAUUGUCUCCGAUCAAGACCUUGCUGCAGGUAGAUGCUGCUUGUAACUAAUGUAGGGAUAUGGUAGUUGUAUAUAAGUGAAAUGCAAGAGGCCAUUUUUUUGUUUUUUUGUCAACAUUUUUCGUAGAAGAGGAAGGAGCAAAUGCGAAACUAUUGAGUGGUUACUAUAGAAAAUGGAAGGCCAGUGUUCAAUCA